GUGAUCAUGACCACUCGAGCAAUCGUUUUCUAACUUCUAACCGCCCGUCGAUCGUUUUCAUGGCAACAAGCUAAAAAAUUUUGAACGUUCGAAUUCGGUGACGCAAGAAUCACAAGCACAAUGCAGUGUAGCUUCCAUCAAAAAUUAUUGGGCUUGUAAAAACUGGACCACUGUUGUACCUGCACUAUUUGUGGUCGUAGUCUCCACCCACGAAGGUCCGCUCCAGUCGAGAAGAUUGCUACUGCAGCCACUUCACAUUGAUUCCAACGAAGACGAACAAGAAUUACGUGUUGAAACAAGAGUACCGCCGGUUCUGUGACGCAGAAGUUGACGACAAAAACAAACCACGCUCGUCUUCGCUGCCGAGUAAGGCGGUUCAUCCACAGGUCGUGUCCUGUUGUCCCGCUGCACCCACUAGAGUGAUAGUCAACUACUCGCUCAUCUCCAACAAGCAUGGUGGGAACGGCCGCACCCCGCAAUCCGCUGUCGCGGAACAUGAACAUCAGGAAUUCGCCCUCGCUCGACGACCUGAACAUCAUAGCGAAGACGCAAACCAGGCUGCCGCAAGUAAACAUGUACGACCCGUUGACCUUUAACAAAACCUCGGACGCACGAGCCAGGAGUCUGUCUUCGUCGCAGCCAAGGGUACGUCUUGGGUUGAUUGGUGUUGUCGGUUAUCUGUACUUACAUUUAGUACUGCAUUAACAUUAUACGGGCACUGGCACAGGCACUAAGUUCUGGUUGUGGCGUGACGCUAUAAUGAAAAACAAAAUAGCUUCAAUUUCAAACAAACACUUCCCCGACCAUAAUCCAGGGCUCUUCGUCCUCGUCGUCAAGUAGCGCCAGCAAGCUGAAGAGCAAGCCCUUUGCAGGGAUGAAGCGACCAGCGCAAGUGAGCCAAGCUGCAUUUCCAAGGCCAAACGCAAGCAAAUAUGACCAGUCGUACUGUCUUGAUGUUGGUAGUUUUUCGAGAAUUGGUUGUGUUUGCAACUUGCACGCGUUCGCUGGUAAGAAAGCACGAAAGUCAAUGAUUGAAUGUAUGUGGUCGGGUGGAGCUGUCUCUAUUCCGGAGAGAGUACAACAUGCAAGACAUCAAUGUUGAACAGGUACCUUAGCGCGUUUGCCGGCACACCCGAGAAGAGCUCGCCGUCCAAGGGAAAGUCGGGGUCAAGAGGAGCAGCGAAACCGUUUAUCGAUACCACCGGUCGCGGCAGUCCAGUCACCAGGGACAUGGUAUUUAUCAUAAGAAACAGCAUUUGAUCGAUUUGCAUUGCCUUUAGCUUUUUCCGAACUCUUUUCGUUUGAAACAAACAAAGAAAAAACUCCAUUUGCAAGGACGAGGCAUAAAUGGUAAAAAAUCUUUUUCUUGAAACACACUCAGGCGUCUUCACUCUUCGAUUCAGCCACCGGUCUAAAGCUGCAGAUGUUGAAAAUGGUGCGCGAUUUAAACACGAAUCAAGAUAGGUCAGACGCCGCGCGCGACAUACUCCGUGACUUAGGGUCCGACCCAGCAAAGCCACAUGUGGACGAGAAGAGUAUGAAAUAUGUUCUUGGUUGGUUGAAUUUUAACGUAAGUAGUGUCGACCUCAGAAACAGACUGAACCAGAAGCAGACACAUGGAACUCUUUGAGCUUGACUCACACGUUGCAAAUUGGCAUGAUAAUCCGCAACAGCAUUUCACGGAUGAUGAACUAGCACUAUUCCAAAACCAAACGAGUGUUUACUUCAUUGUUUUUGACUCUCAACAGUUUUCGUGAACUUCUACAAAUCGGUGCAAACGAUGAAGACGGACGUGGGGCAAGAGAUUGGCGAGGUGCGAGCGGAAAUGCGGGACAUAUUUGCCAUGCUCGACAGCGAUAGGGAACUCAUGGAAGAGGUAUUUUCGUAUCCAUAAUUGUUAUCUACUGCUACUUUUCGCGUACUAUGAAAAACCGACACUCUUUUUCCAAUCGUGCAGGCGUCUGAUGACGACAGCCUUGAUGCAUCUCGUUCUCUCUUCGAAGGUUGUGUUGUAACCAACCAGUAAAUGACGACUUCCUUGCACAGGACCUUGCCGAAAUGGAGACAGAAGCCGUGGAAAUGCAGCGGGUAGUCACGAAAAUGAAUGGCGCCAUUUCGAAGUUCGAAAUGGAAGUUGGGCGUGCGUGAGGACCACGUCAGCAGGAUGCGUUGACAACUUGCUUACUUGCUUGCAGCCGAUUACUAAACCUAGACACACUUUUACGAAUUUUCGACUUAUUUUCUUGACUCAUCAAUGCGCUGAAAAAUUAAAAGCUGAAUUUCCUUUGUAUGAAGAACUCUCUCGAUAUUGCGUCAUACAACCUGCUUUAGACACUAUUGACUUUUCAUCCGUAACUAAUAAUGCACAAGAUGAGCUUGUUGUUGUUUGAAGAAGCUCGGGCUAUGAUUUUCAAUGAGCCCCGUUCGGUUGGGUGCCAAUGAAUGCCAAGAACCUGAAAUCAAUGCACAAGUACCUCACGCCGGACCAGGCACGGACGGAGCAUCAAGCCGCCAGAACUUGUAGAAUGUAACAAAAUGCAUGCGAAGAAGAUACGAAGAGAACCGCACCAGAGAAUCGGUGAAAAAUGAAAAGUUCGCUUUGGAGCUUGGAGAGGACCAUGAUACCAAACUGACGGUGAAAACCCCACGUGUCGCACACAGCUAACAUUUUGUCGUCACACCUUCGUGUGUUCCGUUUGCUCCAUGCGCACUAAAGAUUAAAAUUCCUCUAAGGUGCUUGCCUUCAUUCGGAGUCCUUUCUUAUUCUCCGAAGAGAAGUUGCUUAUCCUC